GCUUUGACAGUAGUGCAACAACCGUUGCGAGACUAGUGUCGUGCCGUCGGUCGUGCCGCGACGAAGGAGCGAACAGCGAGAGAGGAUCGUACGUGGAACCGUGCCCCGUCCCGAGGACUCGGCCAAGCCGGGCGCCGCGCCGUCUUCCUUCGCUCCAGCGGUCAGACUCGAAGCGAAAUCUCUCGAAGCUUGCCUCGCGGGAAACGCACGGAGGGAGCGCCUCUCGUUCUUCCCUCGCAAGCGGGGAAAUCCCCAUCGCGGACUCGGCCAGCGGGCGCGAUCGAUUUCGGACUGAUCGAUUCGGGCCGGUCGAGGCGCGCGGCGACUUUUCAAUCCGCGCGCGCGGAUGUUUGAAUAAACAUUAGAGGGGAGAUAGAGAGUCUCUCGAGCGUCGCUCGCGUGCGGCGGACACACAAGGGGACCAUUAUCACGGUAUUCCACGAGUACACACGCACGCAUUCACGCACGCACGCAAGCACGCACGCACGCACGCACGCACGCACGCACGCACGCACACCGGCGCGCCGCGCGUGUGGUUGCGCGAGCGCGAUAAACGUUAUCUACUGGCGCGACGCUAAAUCCUUUCGCGGCGAGCUUUCGAGCGGAGGACCGGAGUACUUUUGAGGAAGUGUCGCGCGGCGUUGCGGGUUCCCGCUGCUGCCCCUGCGUUGCCCCUCCGCGACACCGGAAGUGCAUAUUAACCAGCUAAGGAGAACGAUGCGGACGGUGGUGGUCGGCUAUUCGUGAAACGGCCGCUCUAUCUGUCUCUCACGUUCCGUCAUCCGUUUAAUAAAUUCGGUAGUUAAGCGAUGCCACGGCUCGUCUCGCCUCGUCACAAGAUGCCUUUCACGUUGUAAAGUGAUCCUCGUCGAAAGGAGCUGUACAUUCACGAUGGGCAAGCUUUUGAGUCUUUUGGCUCGGGACGAGUCAACCUGUUGCACACCUCAAAAGUACGAUGUCUUCUUAGAUUUCGAAAAUGCGCAGCCAUCGGAUAUCGAGCGCGAGACGUUCGAGGCGGUGCAGAGAGUGCUGAAGAAUUCCGAGUCCAUUCUGGAGGAGAUACAGUGCUACAAGGGUGCCGGAAAGGAGAUCCGCGAGGCGAUCUCGGCGCCGACGGAGGAGUGUCAGCGGAAGGCCUACCUCACCGUGGCGCCGUUGGUCGCGAAGCUCAAGCGAUUCUACGAGUUCUCGCUGGAACUAGAAAGGGUCGUGCCGAAAAUUCUGGGGCAACUGUGCUCGGGCAACCUCUCGCCGACGCAACAUCUGGAGACGCAGCAGGCGCUGGUGAAGCAAUUGGCGGAGAUCCUGGAAUUCGUGCUGAAGUUCGACGAGUUCAAGAUGAAAACGCCGGCGAUACAGAACGACUUCAGUUAUUAUCGGCGGACGCUGACGAGGGCGUCGCUCGCGCGGCAGGACAACGCCGAGAAGGACCUGAUCGUCGGCAACGAGCUCGCCAACCGAAUGUCCUUGUUCUACGCCCACGCGACACCCAUGCUUCGGGUUCUGAGUCACGCGACCAUUACCUUCUUGAUGGAUAACGAGGAUAUCGCACGGGAGAACAUCACGGAAACGCUCGGCACGAUGGCGAAGGUGUGUCUUCGAAUGUUGGAAAAUCCGAAUCUGUUGGCGCAAUUCCAACGAGAGGAGACCCAGCUCUUUGUUUUAAGGGUUAUGGUGGGUCUGGUGAUCCUCUACGAUCACGUACAUCCCCAAGGUGCCUUCGUAAAGGGUUCGAACGUGGAUGUGAAAGGCUGUGUGAAGCUGCUGAAGGACCAACCGCCUUGCAAGAGCGAGGGCCUGCUGAACGCCCUGCGCUACACCACGAAGCACUUGAACGAGGAGAACACGCCAAAGAACAUCAAGAACCUGCUGGCCGCAUGAUUACCGAAGCAGCGCGGCUGCUGCAUCAGGAGCUGAGGGACAGUCGGCCGUAAUCGUUCGCGGACACUUCUCGAAACGGUAUCGUCAUUCUCACCGCACGGGCGCAGAGCAGGCCUCGAGAGGAUGCCCCGGCGCCACGCGAAACGUGGGUCGCGCGCGUCCGGGUUGUUGAAACGCGGCGCAACCAGCUUGCGUGCGCGUCCUCCACGUCGUCGUCGCAACCUGCCCGAUAACUGCCGAGAACUCAGCGAAGUCUCCGAAAUCAGCGAUCGUCACAAGCGACGAGUGUCUCACGACAAGAUAGUACGAGGGCAGUCUGAAAAGUUCUCGGCCUAACAAUGAAAGAAAAUUUUUUUUGCCGUGAAAUAUGUCUUAUUU